UACAUGCUUGGUGCCUGUGGAGGACAGAGGAGUGUUGUGGGAUAAUUGUUUUGUUCACUGUGAAGAUGUGUAUCUACCUAAGGUGCCUUUUGAUUGACUUAAUAAAGAGCUGCAUGGCCAAUAGGUAGGCAAGAGAGAAUAGGUGGGACUUCUGGGGAGAGAGAGGAACUUGGGAAGAAUCUGAGGUGCUUGGAACUAAGCCAGUGAGAUGCACAUGGCAGAAUGUAGAUUAAUAUAAAUGGGUUAGUUCAAGUUAUAAGAGCUAGUUGGAAAAAAGCCUAAGCUAAGGCCAAGCCACGUCAUUAUUUGAGAACUGGUGGUACAAAGAAAGUCCGACUACAGAGGAGGGUGUUGUAUCCCCUGGAACUGGAGUUACAAAUGGUUGAGAGCCACCAUGGUGCUGGGAAUUGAACCUGGAUCUUCUGGAAGAGCAGGCAGUGCUGCUCCAGCCUGAUCAUAGGAUUUUUGUUAUUUACUUGUUGAUGAUAGAUUACAUUGAUUUUUAACUUUAUGGGGGGAAUGGGAUGAGUGUUGGGAAUUAAACUCUGGUCCUUGUGUGCUCUGCCAUUGAACUUCAUCCACAAACUGAAUUUUGAAGUUUUAAUUGGUUUUGCAUACCUGUCUUAAUUUCUACUUGGUUGUGGUACAUAAGUUUUUGAUUUGGUUUAGUUGAUUUCUUUAUUACAUUGAGGGAGACCCUUGGGUAGGUAAAGAUGGCCUUGAACUCCUGACUCUUGCUGCUGCUUCCAAAAUGCUGGAAUAGUCUGCCAGGGGAUUUCAGGAAGGACUAACUGAGGCGAGAAGACCCUUUCGUAUAGUGGGUGGCACUUUGAGUGUGACCUCAGUAGAGAGAAGUCCAAAGAAGAAGCAGUGUUGCUUUCCUCCUGCCUUCCCUUCGUGCUGGUGAGUGCAUCUGUCCAUUGCUGCUGCUGCUACUGCUGCUGCUGUUCCGCCGCCACCACAUCCUUCACUGACUUGGAACCCAGCUUCUUGGGCCUUCCAGUGUGGACUGAAGAGCAGAAGCUGUCCAGGUGUGCUCUGGACCUUUGGCACCUGAUUGAAGCUCCUGAGGCUUCUAGUCAUCGUGGAUGGAGCCUCUCCAUCAUGGAGACAGCCAUUGUUGGACUGUGCAGGCUGGAUCAGGAUCUGGUGAGCUUUGAGGAUCUGGCUGUGAACUUCACCCAGGAAGAGUGGGAUUUGCUAGAUCCUUCUCAGAAGAUUCUGUAUGGAGAUGUGAUGCUGGAAACCUGCAGGAACUUCACUGCCAUAGGAUAUGAAUGUGAAGACCAGAAAAUUGAAGAACAUUAUGAAGAUCCUGAAGUAAAUAUAAGGCACAUCAUAUCUCACUCUGAAUAUACACAGUAUGAACCUGAGGACUGUGAACAGAAGCCACAGGACUCUAAUUAUCUUACAAGGAUAGAAGGAUACACGGAAACUCACACUGUGAAUGGACCUUCUGAGUGUGAGGUAUGUUUAAAAUCCUAUGGACUAUAUCACCUCACUUACAAUGGACAUCACAACUACGAAUACAAGGAGUGUGGAGGAAGCCAAACUGUACGAAAAUGUUAUGAAUGUAACCAAUGUGGUAAAACUUUGAGUUCUUUCAAUUCUCUUCAAAGACAUCAGAAAAUUCAUAUUGAAGAAAGACCAUAUAAGUGUCAACAGUGUAGUAAGGCCUUUAGAUGUCUCAAUGCCCUUCAGUCACAUGAAAGAAUUCAUACUGGAGAAAAACCUUAUGAAUGUAAACACUGUGGUACAGCUUUUAGCAGACUUACUCACCUGCGAUUACAUGAAAAAGUUCAUACUGGAGAAAAACACUAUGAAUGUAAACAAUGUGAUAUAGUUUUCAAAUCUCAGAGUUCCUAUCAUAGACAUAAAAUAAUGCAUGGAGAAACAUUUUAUAAUUGUAAAGAGUGUGGUAAGUCUUUCAUUUACCCCUCUUUACUUCAAAUGCAUGAAAGAACUCAUACAGGUGAAAAGCCUUAUGAAUGUAAACUAUGUGGGAAAGCCUUUAGAUACCAUUCUUCCAUACGAUUACAUGAAAGAACUCAUACGGGAGAAAAACCCUAUGAAUGUAAACACUGUGGUAAAGCCUUUACACGUCAGAGUUAUCUUCAGUUUCAUGAAAGAAGCCACACUGGAGAGAAACCCUAUGAAUGUAAAGAAUGUGGUAAAGCUUUUAGGCAUCACUCUUACCUUCGAUUACAUGAAAGAAGACAUACUGGAGAGAAACCGUAUCAGUGCAUACAAUGUGGCAGAUCCUUCAGCCGACAGAGUUCCUUUAAGAGACAUCAGUCUGUUCAUGCUGUGGAAAACCCCUAUAAGUGUCAACAAUAUCUACUUCCUUUAUCCCUGUUUCCUUCAAAUGCAUGAAAGAACUUACACCAGCACCAAACCUUCUGCAUGUGAACAGUGUGAUAAAAUGCUUAUCCUAAUUCACAUAAAACACACAUAAGGACUCAAAAUAGUGAUGAACCUUUAAACAAUGUAGUAUAGCCUUCAGGGGCUACAGGGACUAUAGAACUCCACCACCUGGAAGCAGUUACCAAAGAUGAUAUCUCCUGCCCUUCAGCCUUCCACAAAAGUUUGUGGACAUCAUGUAUCUCAGAGAGAAGUAAUGCAGGAAGAAGGCCAGAAAAGAAUGACUGUGAGCCACAGUAACUUAUCUUCAGAGCUCAACAACCAAGAAAGGCCAGCACUUGGACUUUGGGGACCAUCUUGAGGUUAUAGAAACUUUUCUAGCUAACAUAGGAAAUCAUUCCCUAUAAUCACUAGAAGAUAGGUCUGCCAUUUUAAUGAACUCUCCUUUUUUAAUGAAAACUUACAGAUUCAAACAGAGGUACACACUUGAGUCUGCUCCUAUUCUGUGGAAUGUAUUCUAUGCUGUUAUUCUCAAGUUCAGUAAAUCUACAUAUACUCUCAGUA